AUGAAUAGAAAAGAUAAUAUAGUAAAUUAGGACAAUCUUCAAAAACAUUAUGAAUAAAAGAUCAAUCAAUAUUAAGAAAUUAUUGAAAGUUAAGAUAAAAAAAUAAAUGAAUUAUAAUAAUAGAUUGAAUAACAAAAGUAACAGUUAAAGGAAUUAGGAAUAAAGGAAGAGUAGCGCAAUAAUUAGGAAGAGAAAUUAGAAAAGUAUAAGAAAAACAUAUAAUUCCUUCUAAAUAGAAUUUCUUGGUAAAUAACAGAUUAAAGUAUGAAUGAGUUAACAUAAUCUAUUAUAAAUUAGCAUUAUGGUUAAUAUCUUGCUCAGUAAAAUGAAAUUCUUUUUAAUUCAGCCUAUUAAGAUUUAAUUGUAGGAUAAAAUGUAGUUAAUUAAGAAAUAUUUGAAGUUUUUUAUAUAAUUGGAAUUGAAAAGUCGUAUACUAAUACAAAGUAGUAUAAUUCAAAAAUUUAGUAUAAAUAUUAUAAAAAAGAAAAUUGA